AUGUUCAAGCUUGUCGCUCUCACUUUCCUUUUCGCUCUGGCUUCUGCCAAGCCACAGGACGUCCAAUCCAACCGAGUUGUGGCUCAGGACAACCUCGAAAUCUCCGAGAUUGGAUACGAGAAGAUCGAGGCCAAGCCGGCUCCGGAAGUCGUCAAUAACGACGCCUCCUACGCCUACGCCGUCGACUUCUCCGUUCCAACCACUCUUUCCCAGAUGAACUGUCUGAAGACGGCCAAGUAUUCGGCGAUCUUCGUGCGCGGAUUGGCUCCAACUGGCUCCGGAGUCUUUGACACCAACUCUAUCACCACCAUCCGCAAUGCCUACUCGGCUGGAUUGGGAAUCGAGGUCUACAUGACUCCGCAGCCAUUGUCCACUUAUCAGGGAUAUCAACAGUUUGAUCUGCUCUACAACGGACUCACUCAAAACGGAAUCACCAUCCGAUCUGUUUGGAUCCAGGUUUGUUCAAACACUCUUCUUAUCAGCAUAUCAGUAUCACUCUAAAACUUUCAAAUUUCGGUCAGAAAACUAUUAAUGAUAGCAACGAAAUAAUCCUGUGUUACAGGUCACUUCCCCGGCCAACUGGCAGUCGAGCACUACCUCCAACGUGAACUUCAUCAACAGCAUCGUCUCGCGCGCCAAGCAGUACGGACUCACUGUCGGAAUCUACACGAACCAGUACGACUGGAGCCAGAUCACGAACAGCUGGGCGACGCUUUCCUCUGACGUCCUUCUCUGGUACUGGCACGUGCUCGGAUCAGGAGUCACCGGCGAGACCCCGGCCACUUUCGACGACUUCCGCGCCUUCGGAUCGUUCAGAGCCGCUUCCGUCAAGCAGUUCGCGCAAGUUGAGUCCCUCUGCUCGCUGACCGUCAACCGGGACGUGUACGCCGUCGGAAUCCCGGCCGCCGCCGCCGCUCAGAAGUCGUCCGCGUUCUUCACCAACGACAGCAACAACAUUGUUGUCGGAGGAGUCGUCGGAUUCUGA